AUGGGUGGGUUUAAAUCAAAUUUUGACCACCAAUCGAGCUCUACAAAGCUCAAAAGUGACAGUACACGGUUUUUUGAGAAGGAAAAUCGGGCCAAAUCCACUGGGUCUAUUCUGCCUAUGUCUUUGAGACCCAGAAAUUCUGGAGACUCAGAGCAUACGUUACCAACUCUGCCAGUGGAAGCUGCUUCUUCAACUUGUGCGAAGAGCGUUUGCUCCACUGCAAGAUUACCUAUUCUUGCGAAGAUGCUCAAAUCCAACAGUAUUGCAAAUAUUUGUGUCUGUUUUGAGAAGGAGUGCAGAUGUACCAUGGGAAAGAGACAACGGGUCCACAAUGUGGAGCUGAAUCCACCCAUGAAGUACGUUGAUUUUGGGGAAUAUGAAAAAAGGGCUUCUCGUACUGAAUCGAAAUUAUCUUUGAGUGAGAGUAAAGAAAGUUCGAUUUUUGAUGCCGCUGAUGGUUCAGAGAGCAACUCAGGAGCCUCUGAGAGUGUUUCAUCCACUUUGUCUGGUGUUGCCCACUUUUUGAAUGGCGUUAAAGGUGCAAUAAAGCUUGGUGCACAAAAAACGUACCAUUUCAAAUUGAGAGUUCAGUACAGGCUUCGUCGUUUGAGAUACUCAAGAUGGUUUGGAAGACGUGGAGCAGUGCGCCGUCGCCAACGGGAUAUGACUCCUCCUUCCGCCAUCUUUCUUGAUAUUCAUGAAUACUUGAGUCGCAAUCAGUAUCAUGACGAUGGCAGACGGAAGACUUCUCUCAGCUCCAUCAAGUUAGCAAUGGACCGUACGAAGACAAGAGUGUCAAAGAACCAGGCUAAGAUCAAUCUCUUGCAGCGUUCGGAUCUGAUAUCUUUUUAUGAUGGAGACAAGGUGUUGGUUCGCGAUCCGACGACUGGGGGUUAUCGGGAAUUGGAACGACUCAAACCAGUUGCCCUUAAGCAGAUUGCUCCUCUCAUGACGAGAGAGGAGACCGUUGACGAGAAGCUCACGAGACUCCUUGCCCAGUAUGCUGCUCGUCGUUCUGCUUUGAGAAGCGACCGAAUUAGGCGUGGAUCUGAUGUUAGACCAUCUUCAAGUAAAAAAGAGUCUAUGCCAUCAUCCUCUUUACCCAGAAAGAGAGAUCCUUUGCCCAAGAAGGUUGAGCAAAAGGCAGAACCAUCAUCUGUUUGUGCACCUCGUGUUGGUGCUGAUGAGGUCAUUGAGGCUGUUGAGAACUAUGCCAAGGAAAUGGGAUUGAGUCUCUCUCCCAAGUCUGACUUGAGUCUUCGCAGCGAUGGUGAGCUCCCUUUGAGGAUUCGUUCCAAGGUCGAGCUGCCUGUCGUUUGCAAGAAGACCGAGAGUUUGAUUGUGGUUUGUGACAACAACAAGACCAUUACCAAAAGCACCAGAAAGAACUCGGAUGCUAAUUUGAACUUGAGUAACAUAACCGGCUCGACGGAUGCUGGUAGUUCUCUCAAGCUUGAAAAGCAUGUUACUGACGCUUGUACUGGUGCUGAGCUGGUGAAGGCUCAAAGCCUUAUUGAUGUUGUCGCAAAGGCUAUUGAUGGUGAUGCUGAGACCGCUGACUCUCGUACCGGUACUGAACUGGUUGAGAGAAAGCUGGCCAAGGCUAGACCACAGAGUCCCAUUGGCGUUGUUGCCAAGGCUGUUGAUGCUGAUGCCGAGAUUGCUGAUUCUCGUACCGGUACCGAACUGGUUGAGAGAAAGCUGAUCAAGGCUGAGCUGGUCAAGGCUAGGCCACAAAGUCUUAUUGAUGUUCUUGCCAAGGCUAUCGACUAUGGCACUGAGGCUAAUCUUGGAGAGAGGUUUGCUGCCUUUAAGCUGGUCCGCAAAGUCAAAGCUAGACCACAAAGUCCUGUUGACACUGUCACAAAGGUUAUUGAUGCUGACGCUGAGGCUGCUGAUUCUCGUACCGGUACUAAGCUGGUUGAGAGAAAGCUGGUCAAGGCUAGACCUCAAAGUCUUAUUGACGUUGUCGCAAAAGCUAUUGACGAUGGGACGUAUGAUGAGCUUCAAGAGAAGUCUGCUGUCUCUAAGCUGGAACGCAAAGUCAAGGCUAGACCACAGAGCCUUAUUGACGUUGUCGCCAAGGCUAUUGAUGCUGGUGAUGCUUCGAGCCCUCGUUGCGAGCUGGUUUGCAAGGAGUUGAAGAAGCCUUGGGAAUCUCACUCCACCCGUUUGACUUCGAUGGAAAUCAACAACAAUGAGAACUGUCCCAGGAAGAGACCGGCUUCACUGAGAAGUUCAAUUGGCUCGUCCAAAAGCUCGAAGAAUGUAAAGACUCAGUCUUUGACACAUUCUGGGAAAGCUGAUGUCAUCAAGACACACUCCAGUAGAAACUCAUCCAAGAAGGGCACCUUGCGUUCGACCGGUGUGACUGGUGACGUGGAUGAGGAACAAUUGGACUCUGAAGUUGGUGAUGACAGAUUUCCAAAGUUGAAGGUUAAGGUCGUUGACUACGAGGGAACUCUGAAUUGGAAGAAGUGUUUGAGAAAGAUCUCUGUUACUAAGAAGAAUUCAAACGCUUCUCGCAAACCCGUCAACAAAUUUGAAGGAAAAGUGCGUGAGCUCGCUCGGAGCUUUGAGGGUAUUGGUAAGGAGGUUGAUACUCCCCAAAAGCCCAAAGUGACUUGA